GGGGGCUGUCCAGGAGCACCUCCCUGCUCCGGGGGUGGGCAGUGCGACGUGUGACAGGCUGAGCGGGGCCUCUGAGGGGGAGGUCCCCCCUGUCAGCCCCUCACUGGGGUGUUUGGGGAUGGCAUGGGAUGGGGCACCGGUGGCACCGAGGCUGCAUCGGCCGCCCAGGUGGAAACGCAGCCCAGCUCGACCCGAAGUGCGGAGCACCCGCUGCUGGGUGCGUGCAGAGGAUGGCACCCAGCUCUGCUGGCACCCCGCUCUCCUGGCUGGGCGCUGUUUGGGGAGGGGGCGUGCGUGGGGCAAAGGAAGACCCCAUCUUUCCCCUGUCACACCGGUGGACCUCGACAGCGAGUUCCUGCGACGGGAGCGGCUCCAAAUCCAGGCCGGGCUCGCCGAGCCGUGAGUCAUCCUGGGCUGGGUCGGCUGGGAAGGCCCCGCUCCUCUUCCUACGAACCAGAGGAACUUUCAUGCCCCGAGCGGCCAGCAACGGGCAGCCCCCCCCUAAGACGUGGGUGUCCUCCUCGUGGCACUGUCACCAGUGUCCCACCGUGUCCUGUGUUCUGGCCUCGGCCUCGGCUGGCAGCCGUGGCGUCCCCAGCACCUCGGGGAAACUGAGGCACGCUGAGGGGCAGCAAUGCCCCUUGGGCUCUUCCUGGCGAAGGUAGAGUCAGAGAGAUGUCCGGGUGUUCACAGCAUUUGGAAAACCUCGGAGUAGCUGUCGGUGCGAAAGCCCCGAGGAAUCUGCGGGCAGGAUAGGGAGCGUGCUCUGAGGUGCCCCGCAGGGUGAGGAAGGGGCAGAGGGCUGGGAGAUAGCAGAGCCAGGCUGGGAGAUGGCAGAGGGGACAUGGCUAGGGGUGGGAUCCAUCCCCGUCCCCCCCCCGACACAGCCCGCCCGAAGGUGGGGGGCUGCGGCUGGCUGCCAGCGAGGGCUGGUGGUUAAUGAGUAACAUCCGUGGGAUGUAGGGCAGCACCUCGGGACCGGGAAGGGGACGGGGAGUGUACGGCAGUUCCAGCUUGGGAACAGGGUUUCCUGUUGCAGUGAGAGCACAAAGCCCGUGCUGAGACUGUGGGGGUCCCUGAGCCCCCUCUCCGUGCCUGGGCUCCUCCUGAGCCACCUUCUCGCCCGGGAGUCCCCCAGCCCCACGGGCUUCUCGGAGUCUCUCUCAGCUCCACCUCCGCCCUGCGCCUUCGGCGGCUCCGCGCGGCCCAGGCCCGUGGGGAACCGCGCUGCCCGCGGGGACUCGGGCCCGUGCCGCCGCUCCGCGCUCGCCUGAGGGCACGGCGGGCCGGGCCUGCGCCGCCCGGGGGGGGGUCCCGCCGCCGCCCGGCCCCUCGGCUGGGCCGUGAGACGCGGGAUCCGCCGAGGGAUCGGGCCUUGGCCCCGGGCGGGGCCGGCGGAACCGGCAGCGAGGUGACUGUUCCAAGAUGAGCCUCUGGAACCUCGUGUCCCACAUGCCACCAGAGGAGUUCAGCAGCCUCUCCACGGAGUUUCCCCGGAGCCUGCGCUGUCUCCUGGCUGAGUGGCUGGAGAACCAGCCCUGGGAGUUCAUCAAUGGCUCAGACGCCUUCUGCAGCAGCGUGGCCAACAGGAUGCUCUCGGACAUGCUGGAGAAACUCCGCAACGCUGCCGGCAGCGAUGGGCAGCAGUGCCAGAUCCUGCAGCAAGUCAGCAACAUCGAGAACACCUUCCGCCGGGACCCGCUGCGGCUGGUGGCCGUCAUGAGAGCCGUCCUGGAGGGCGAGAAAGCAGCCGUGCUCAAACGGCACCACCACCUGCCCCUCAGCUUCCACCGGCGGCAGGAGGAGCUGAAGUUCAGCCUGGGGCUGCAGCGGCUGCAGCACCGAGUCCGGGAGAUCCAGGCGCUCCAGGAGGAGGGACCGGGGCGGGACGGGGCCGUGCAGAGCCCCGUGGCCCCCAGGGAACUGCCCACCCUCAUCCUGGAGGCUGUGAAGGAGCUGGAGGCGGCCAAACAGCAGAUCCUGAAGAGGAUCCAGAUCUGGAAGAGACAACAGCAGCUGGCAGGGAAUGGGGCCAUCUUUGAGGAGAAUCUGGCACCGCUGCAGAAGAGAUGUGAGAACCUGGUCGAGGUUUACUUCCAGCUGCAGCAGCAGGUGAUGGCAGCGAGCACAGAGCUGGGGCCUGAGCUGCUGCCCCGGCUCCUGGAGCGCUUCAACGAGGUGUUGUCCGGCCUGGUCAAGAGCUCCUUCCUGGUGGAGAAGCAGCCCCCACAGGUGCUGAAGACCCAGACCAAGUUCCAGGCGAGCGUCCGGUUCCUGCUGGGCCCGCGGCUGCUGAAGGCAGCGCCCAAGCCCUACAUGGUGAGGGCUGACAUGGUGACAGAGAAGCAAGCACGGGAGCUGGAGCUUAGCAACUACAGCAACACCCUCAGUGAGAGCACGGGGGAGAUCUUGCACAACACGGUGGCCUUGGAGACCAACCCCACCAGCGGGAACUGCUGCGCCAACUUCAAAAACGUGCUGCUGAAGAAAAUCAAGCGCUGCGAGCGGAAGGGCUCCGAGUCGGUGACGGAGGAGAAAUGCGCCGUCCUGUUCAGCACCAACGUCACCUUGAGCCCCAGCAACGUCUCCAUCCACCUCCAGGUCCUGUCUCUGCCCAUUGUGGUCAUCGUCCAUGGCAACCAGGACAACAAUGCCAAAGCCACCGUGCUGUGGGAUAACGCCUUCUCUGACAUCGACCGGGUGCCCUUCGUGGUGGCCGAGCGGGUGCCCUGGGACAAGAUGUGUGACACCCUGAACCUGAAGUUCAUGGCAGAGGUGCAGACCACCAAGGGGCUCCUCAAGGAGCAUUACUUCUUCCUGGCCCAGAAGAUCUUCAAUGACCACAGCGCCAGCCCCGAGGACUUCCAGAGCCGCCACGUCUCCUGGGCCCAGUUCAACAAGGAGAUCCUCCCUGGCCGGGGAUUCACCUUCUGGCAGUGGUUUGAUGGAGUCCUGGACCUCACCAAGAGAUGCCUCAAAAGUUACUGGUCGGACAGGCUCAUCAUGGGCUUCAUCAGCAAGCAGUAUGUGUGCAAGCUGCUGAGCAUGGAGCCAGAUGGGACCUUCCUGCUCCGCUUCAGCGACUCCGAGAUCGGGGGCGUCACCAUCGCUUACGUCAUGCGGGGCAAGGACGGCUCCAGCCAGGUGGAAAACAUCCAGCCCUUCUCUGCCAAGGACCUGUCCAUCCGCUCCCUCGGCGACCGCAUCCGGGACCUGGGGCAGCUCCGGAACCUGUACCCCAACAUCCCCAAGGACCAGGCCUUUGGGAGUCACUACAACAAAGAGCAGACAGGCAAGGACGGCCGGGGCUACGUCUCCACUGCCAUCAAGAUGACUGUGGAAAGUGAAAGGGACCAGCACUCUCCAAGCACCAUGGGGGCCGCCCUCGAGGCCCCCCAGGCACCCAUGUUCAACCUGCCCGUGCUGCAGCACGAGCUGCACCCUGAGAACCUGCAGCCACUGCUGGCCCCCAUCUGCCCCCCCACUCCGUUCUGCCCCCAGCCCAUGCCCGCGGGCUACCCCCCGGUUGAGAGCAACGCCAUGAUGGUGCCUGAGAGGCUCACCCCCCCCUUCCACAGCCCAUCACCGAUGCUCUCGCCUCCUUCGCUGUCCCACUGCCAGGACCCUGCUGCCUUCAGGCCCCCCGGACCCUUCAUGCCCAACCAGUACCUGCCCGGGGAGGUCUCGCAGCUCCUGCCCGCGGGUCCCUCUGCGGAGCCGCAGGACGAAGAGAUGCCCGAGCUGCCCCCGUUCCAGCCCGAGGAGGAAGCGUCGCUGCACCGGGGGUGGGUGUCGCCCAGCAUGGAUCAGCCAUCAGCCUCGGAUUUGAACGAGCUCCUGGAGGUGCCCCUGUUGCCCCCCUUCGCGUCCUUCCCGCAGCACAGCGGCUACCCCAAUUCCAGCCUGUCCUCCUGGGGACAGGGGGACGCGCGGUGGGAUGACAGCAUCCGGCCAGGACACGCCUGAGGGGGCUCCUGAGGGGGGGGAUAUCGGACUGGGACCCCCCCCUCCACUCCCUCCCAGCCUUGCCUGGGUUCAUGGACUUGAUACGACCCCUGCAGGAGUGCAAACUCCAGCCGGGAAAGGCGGGUUUGGGGGGAAUUUGGGGUAACCCCCGUCGUCCCCCCCCCCCACCUCCGUGCAUUGCUGCCGGAGGUCCGCGGGUGAGGGGAUGCAGGAGCUGGGGGGGGCCCCGUCCUGCGUGGGGGGGCACCGGCAGCCGCACGCGGUGCCCCCAGCCCACGCCGCCGGGAUGAGUCACCGCGGGGGCGGGAGGCGGCAGCGCGAACGGCGCCGGGGCGGAGGUGCCAGCCCGGUGCCCCCCGGCGGGGCGGGGGGGGGGGGGGAAGGACACCGGGACCCCCACGUAAAGGGACAUGCACCGCACCCCCGCAGCCAGCGCUUGCUUUGGGGUUUUGAGCUGUUCUUCACCCCCCUCCCUCCCUCCUCCUCCCGGCUGGAGCAGGGGGUAGGAAGAUAAGCCAUAAAAUAAAGUUUUAUUCCAAAAUAACAAAAUAAAUAAUCUACUGUACACGGUACAAAGGAA